AUGGAAAUCGCGCUAGCGGCUGACGCGACCAAUGCUAACGCGCCUCUAGUAGCUGACGCGACCAAUGCUGGUGUGCCUCUAGCGGCUGACGCGACCAAUGCUGGCGCGCCUCUAGCGACUGACGCGACGAAUGCUGGCUCGCCUCUAGCGGCUGACGCAACCAAUGCUGACGCGCCUCUAGCGGCUGACUCAACCAAUGCUGGUGUGCCUCUAGCGGCUGACUCGACCAAUGCUGGUGUGCCUCUAGCGGCUGACGCGACCAAUGCUGGCGCGCCUUUAGCGACUGACGCCACCAAUGCUGACGCGCCUCAAGCGCCUCUAGCGGCGCUAGCGACUGACGCGACCAAUGCUGGCUCGCCUCUAGCGGCUGACGCAACCAAUGCUGACGCGCCUCUAGCGGCUGACGCGACCAAUGCUGGUGUGCCUCUAGUGGCUGACGCGACCAAUGCUGACGCGCCUCAAGCGCCUCUAGCGGCGCUAGCGACUGACGCGACGAAUGCUGGCUCGCCUCUAGCGGCUGACGCAACCAAUGCUGACGCGCCUCUAGCGGCUUACUCGACCAAUGCUGGCGCGCCUUUAGCGACUGACGCCACCAAUGCUGACGCGCCUCAAGCGCCUCUAGCGGCGCUAGCGACUGACGCGACCAAUGCUGGCGCGGCUCUCGUGGCUGACGCGACCAAUACUAGCGCGGCUCUCGUGGCUGACGCGACCAAUACUAGCGCGGCUCUCGUGGCUGACGCGACCAAUACUAGCGCGGCUCUCGUGGCUGACGCUACCAACGCUGGCGCGGCUCUCGUCGCUCGUAGUGGAAAAAAGUACCUGCAAACAAACCAUGAACAGACAAUGUACAUCAGAACCUACCGCUACAGUUCUCUUCGUCUGCCCCAGAAGUACAGUCCUUGUCCCCGUCACACACCGAGGCGAUGCUGA